AUGUCUCAGUAUACUGCAAUUGAGUCAGACGAGGCACCAUCAGGUCUCAACGCUAGCCGUGAAGCGAAUACAGCUAACCCACCGACCAGGAACGCACAGGAUAUCACUGACCCUGCUAACUGGACUUUAUAUCAGAGAUUGAAAGAAUCAUCCCAUCCAGUAGCACUUUUGUUCUAUAUAACAUUUAGGAUUGCUCCAAUUUUUAUUUACAUCUUUGGUAACCUUAUACUUGGGUUUAUUACAAAAAAUAAUAAGUUCAUCUUGCAUUUCAUCAUACUUGUUUUAUUAAUUUCAGCAGAUUUUUGGAACUUGAAGAAUAUCAGUGGUAGACUAUUAGUGGGUUUGAGAUGGUGGAAUGAAACAAACUUCGUUAAGAACUCACCCAAUGGAGAGUUCGAAAACGUUUGGGUUUUUGAGAGCGCAGAUCCAAAUCGUAUAAUCAACCCAAUAGAUUCCAAAGUUUUUUGGAUUUUAUUAUAUGGACAACCUGCUGCCUGGAUUGUUUUGGGGAUUAUGGCCAUUCUCAAAUUUGAAUUUUUGUAUUUGAUUUUAAUCACAAUUUCUGUUUCCUUAUCCUUGACUAACGCUGUUGCUUUCACUAAAUGUGAUAAAUUUGGUAAGGCCAAUAAUUUGGCUACUGAUUUGUUUUCCAGAGCUACAGGUGGUCUCUUAACGAGAUUGAAUCCUUUUGCAUAA